CGACCACCACCACCCUCCCGUCUGCGGGGUGGCGGCGGAGCCCGCCCGGCGGCCGCGAUCCGGUACCCCAUGGUGCUGCUGCGGAAGCUGCCGGGCAUGCCGGGCUGGCCGGCGGCGCUGGGGCUGCGGCUGCCGCAGAAGUUCCUGUUCCUGCUCUUCCUCUCGGGCCUGCUCACGCUGUGCUUCGGGGCCCUCUUCCUUCUGCCCGAUUCCUCCCGUUUCAAGCGCCUUUUCCUGCCCCGCCGGGCCACCGCCUCCGCCACCUCCUCCUCAUCUUCUUCCUCCGCCUCCUCAUCCUCCGCCGCCUCCUCCUCCUCCUCCACCCGCGACACCGACCUGCCCCGCAGCCCCCCGGCCGCCGCCGAGCCCCGGCACGCCAGCCCCGCCGCCCCCCGCCGCCUCCGGGAGAAGCUCCGCACCGCCGCCCGCAUGGCCGCUCCACCGGCCGACACCGCGCCGGGCUCCCGGCAGCAGGUGCCGGGGGGUGAGCGGCGAGCCCAGCCCGCCACCGGGGAGAGCCCAGCCCGGGAGACGAAAGCUCCGUUCCGCUUCGACUAUGAGCGGUUCCGCCGGAGCCUCCGCCACCCGGUGCGGGGCCGGCGGACUGGCGAGGACCCCGAGACCCGAGCCCGCAGGAUGAAGAUUAAAGAGAUGAUGAAGUUUGCUUGGGAUAACUACAGGCAGUAUGCCCUGGGCAAGAACGAGCUGCGGCCCCUCACCAGGAACGGCCACAUCGGCAACAUGUUCGGAGGCCUCCGAGGAGCCACGGUGGUGGAUGCCUUGGACACUCUGUACAUCAUGGAACUCGAGGAGGAAUUCCAAGAAGCAAAGAAGUGGGUGGAGGAGAGCUUUGACUUGAACGUGAACGGCGAAGCCUCUCUCUUCGAGGUGAACAUUCGCUACGUCGGGGGACUGCUGGCUGCCUACUACCUGACUGGAGAAGAGGUGUUCAAGAGGAAAGCUCUGGAGCUGGGAGAGAAACUUCUGCCAGCUUUUAACACCCCCACUGGCAUCCCACGCGGCGUCAUAAACCUGGGCAGCGGCAUGAGCUGGAGCUGGGGCUGGGCAUCGGCUGGAAGCAGCAUUUUGGCAGAGUUUGGCACCUUGCACUUGGAAUUCCUGCACCUCUCAGAGCUCUCUGGCAACCCAGUGUUUGCAGACAAGGUGAUGAACAUCCGGAAGGUCCUGAACAGAGUGGAGAAGCCUCAGGGCCUUUAUCCCAACUUCCUCAGCCCUGUCACAGGGAACUGGGUGCAGCAUCAUGUCUCCAUCGGGGGGCUCGGGGACAGCUUCUAUGAGUACCUCAUCAAGUCGUGGCUGAUGUCAGACAGGAAGGACUCUGAAGCCAAGAGGAUGUACGACGAUGCGCUGGAGGCAAUAGAGAAGCACUUGGUCAAAAAGUCUGCUGGAGGCCUGACCUACAUUGCUGAAUGGAGGGGUGGCAUCUUGGACCACAAAAUGGGGCACCUGGCUUGCUUCUCUGGGGGCAUGAUAGCACUGGGAGCUAAGCAGGCUGGAGAGGAGAGGAAGCAGCACUACAUGAACCUGGCAGCAGAGAUAACAAACACCUGCCACGAGUCCUACGCACGCUCAGACACCAAACUGGGCCCUGAAGCCUUCCGCUUCGACGCCGGCAGCGAAGCCAUGGCAACCAGGCUCAGCGAGCGCUACUACAUCCUGCGGCCAGAGGUGGUGGAGAGCUACAUGUACCUGUGGAGGCUGACACACGACCCCAAGUACAGGCAGUGGGGCUGGGAGGUGGUGAAGGCCCUGGAAAAGCACUGCAGAGUAGAAGCUGGCUUCUCUGGCAUCCGAGAUGUUUACAGCACAAGCCCAACCCAUGACAACAUGCAACAGAGUUUUUUCCUUGCAGAGACUUUGAAGUACCUCUAUCUCCUGUUCUGUGACGAUGAUGUGCUGUCCCUGGACGACUGGGUGUUCAACACAGAGGCUCACCCCCUGCCAGUCAGCCACACAGACCCCAAGGGCAGCGUGCAGUAGGAGGCCUGGCUGGGUUCCUGCCAUUCCUUCCCUUCCAAGGAAUUCCUCUGCUUCCUAAAGUGGUAUUUUGGGGGCACCACUCCAACUCUGGACAGCAUUCCAUUGGGAAGAGGAAACCAUGAUGUAAGCACCUUCUUUUCCUCUGUGAGGAGCUCUAUUAGCCUGGUAAUGAGAGAUGUUUCUUCUGGGCCAUACUGUCCACAGUCCACAGACAUUCCUUUAUACAGAGAGUUUAUAUGAAACCCACUGAUUGCUUUUGGUUUGCCUCCCAGUGGCCAAAGGACUGGAAGUUUGCCAUAAAAUAGACUUCACAGACACCUCCUUUUGGUUCUCUGUUUCAUUUUUGCCUUUCUUACACUCCUGGAGUUCUCUAAUGCAGAGCUCUCCACGUGCUGGGCUUGCCAGGGGGCAGCAGUCCGGGCUCCUCAGGAAGGACAGGGCAGGAGGAUGAGGAAGAGGAGUUGCCCUUUGUGUGAGGCAGCAGCUGGAGUGCAUCCCCCACUGCCUGGGGAUGGAGGAGGAGCUGACAGAGCUCAUGGGUUGGGAUGAAAGAGAGGACAGGUAAAGGGGACCAGGGAGGACAGGAGGAUCAGGCCCUGUACAGACAGCUGGGAGCAGCCUCAGGUUUGAAUUUGCAGGCCCUGGUCUUCGUGGGGGGGUUCAGCCACCUUGCUGCCUGCUGGAAGGACAACACAGCAGGGCAUAAGGAAUCCUGGAGGUUCCUUGGGUGGACUGAUGGCAACAGCCUCCCCCAAAGGACUGAGGAGCCAACAGAGAGGUGCUCUGCUGCACCUCAUGCUCACCAGCAAGCAGGAGCUUCUUGGGGAUGUAAUAAAGAUCAAAGGCAGCUUUGCCUGCAGUGAUCAUGAGAGGGGGAGUUCAGGGUCCUCAGGACAAGAAGAGUGAAAAGCAAGCUCUCAAUCCUGGGCUUCAGGAGCACAAACUUUGGGCUCUUCAAGGAUCUGCUUGGAAGAGUCCUGUGGGAUAAGACCCUGGAGGGAAGAGCAGCCUGAGCACCCCAGGAGUCAAUACUGGGCCCAGGCCUGUGUGAGAUCUCCACUGAUGAUCUGGAUGGUGGGGCAGGAGGUACCCUGAGCAGGCUGGCUGGUCACCCAGCAAAGAAAGCAAAUGGUCUCCUGGGCUGCAUUAGGCAAAGUAUUGCCAGCAGGGCAAGGGAGGUUGUCCUGUGCCUCUACUCAGCACUGUGAGGCCACAUCUGCAGUGCUGGGGCCAGUCCUGGGCUCCUCAGUACAAGAGAGACAGGGAACUGCUGGAGAGAGUCCACCAAAGGGCCAUGAAGCUCUUUAAGGGACUGGAACAUCUCUGCUGGGAGGACAGGCUGAGAGACCUGGGACUGUUCAGACUGGAGAAGACUCAGGGGGGAUGAUGUUAAUGUCUACAAAUCCCUGGAGGGAGGUGCACAGAGGAUAGAGCCAGACUCUUCCCAGGAUGCCCAGUGACAGGACCAGAGGCUGGGCACAAAGUGGGGCACAGGAGGGGCCCUCUGAGCAUCAGGAAACACUUUUGCCUCUGCAGGGGGCCAGGCACUGGCACAG